AUGGCGCAAAAUGUAGUGCUUGUGACUACCAUGGGCGAGAUCACAGUAGAGCUUUACACCGAACACGCACCAAAGACCUGCCACAACUUUUCCACCCUGGCCAGCAGAGGCUACUACAACACCACCCCCUUCCACCGCAUAAUCCCCUCCUUCAUGAUCCAAGGCGGCGACCCCACCGGCACCGGCCGCGGCGGCGCAUCCAUCUACGGCGACAAAUUCGACGACGAGAUUCACCCUGGACUACGACACACGGGCGCCGGAAUCCUCAGUAUGGCAAACGCAGGGCCGAAUACAAACGGCAGUCAAUUCUUCAUCACGCUGGCGCCGACGCCGUGGUUGGAUGGGAAGCAUACGGUGUUUGGACGCGUCAAGGCGGGCAUGAAGGUCGUGCAGAGGAUGGGGUUGGUCAAGGUUGAUAAGGAGGAUAGGCCGGUGGAGAAGGUGAGUAUUCUGAGUGCGAGGGUUGAGGAGGCUUGA